UGCGCGGCAAUGCUCGAAGCCAAUCUGUGUACUGACAAGAGUUACAGAUGGUGCUCUUAUGUCCUACUGCAUUUGCAAAAUGUCGUCUGUCGAGGCAACUCCGAAACCUUUAAGGGUAUCUCCACUAAUUAAAUUUAGUCGAUGGACUCUUUUGUUAGCUGGAGUUGUUUAUGGAGCUUAUCAUCAUAAUAGAUUCAGUAAAAAAGAAGAAGCUCUUCGUGAGAAAGCACUGAGAGAGAAACCUAUGCGAGAUGCAAAACUUGCAGCAGAGAAGAAACAACGAAUGAUAGAUGAAGCCAAGUUCCUGGAUGAUCUUAUCAAUGUGAAAACAUAAAAAGGAUUGUUUCUUCACUGUUAGUCUACUUGGUCAUUAUUAAUAAAUUAAUGUCUACUUAUUUACUGAAUAAAAUGUUCAUUACGUAAAUUUAGAAUCUGUAAUAGAUGUUAAACAUAUACUUUCCACUGUGUACAUUUCAAAUAAAAUUCUUUACAUGUUAAAUUGCAA